UUUUUUAUUUAUUUAUUUUUUUAAAGAGAUGAGUUCCUCGAGUUAUCGUCACUUCCUCUAUUCUAAUUUCUAAGCUAACAACAAUGGAAUCUUCCGUAAAACCCUCGGUGGGCCCACUCCCCAACCCGCUCCUUUCCCUUUCCAGUUUCAUCCGCGGUCUUGGCACUCAACUCACCAAUCGACUCGACGACACCAGGCGGCUCGCCGCCGCUACUUUCCCCGCCUUUCUGCAACCGACGCCGCCGAUAUUGUUGCCUUUUGCCUCCGUAUCGCAGCGCCAGGGCAAGCCGACUGCCACCGCGUCUGAAGCUUCCCUUAGCAUGGAACAUGUCGCGAGGAGGCUCAUCGGAACUUCAGUGUACACCGUGAGCAACACUAAUAAUGAGUUCGUGCUGGUAUCUGAUCCCGAUGGGGUUAAGUCUAUUGGUCUGCUUUGUUUCCGCAAAGAAGAUGCCGAAAAUUUUCUUGCUCAGGUGAGGUUAAGAAAAGGAGAGCUUAGAGGUGGUGCCAAAGUGGUGCCAAUAACUCUUGACCAGGUUUACAUGUUGAAAGUUGAAGGCAUAGCAUUUCGCUUUUUACCUGAUCCAGUUCAAAUAAAGAAUGCAUUGGAGAUACGAGCAUCAGAUACUAUGAAUGGAUUUGAUGGAGUUCCUAUUUUUCAGGAAGAUAUAGAGAAAGCACUUGCAGCUGUGUCAAGGGUUUCAAGGGGACCUGAUGUUUCUCAACACAUUAUGGUAUUACAGUUUCUCGUUCACGAUCCGUCUCGCUUUAACUUGCUAGCUGCUGCCUAUGAUACUGUUCUUUCGGUCGGAAGUCUGGAGGAUGUUCUCAAGAAAAUGGAGAUAAGUGAAAAGAACUCGGGCUGGGAAGACUUGAUUUUUGUUCCACCCGGUAAAAGCCAUUCUCAACACAUUCAAGAGGUCGAGAAUGUAUAAAAUUUUGAAUGUAGAAGACCUCCUUUUGUUAUGAAAUGUCAAGUAUGGGAAGUACGUGUAUGCUUGUUCCCAUUGCCCAUCUUUAUGUACUCCUUCGUGAUUGUUCAUUUGCAUGAUCAUCAUUAGAAAUUUUCAGCACAUUUUAAGAAAAUUGUUGACUAGGUUAGGGAGAGAUUCACCUUCAAUGUUCUACUAGCUUAGAGAUUCACUUUCAAUGUGCAAGAAGAGAAACGAGAUCCUAUUUCAUGGGGACACUAGGUUAGAGCUUGCUUCUAUAUUGAUCAUAUGAAUUAAUUUUAAUCUAUAUAUGAUGGUAUCAUGAGAUUUUCGUGCGAUCAAUUUAAUUGUUAUGACAAGUAUUCAGACCUUGAAUUUUUUUUAGUAGGGUGGAAUGCACCUGAUGGAUUUUCCAAAUGGUGGAUAAUACUCUCGUGGGAUUAAAACCUCGAUGUUUGUUUAUACAAACUAGUACAGUGCGAUACACGAGUAUUUAUUACCUAUUUAUUUUUUGAAAGGUAUUUUUGUAUUUAAAUUAUCGCAUGCCAUUAAAAAUUUCAUAGAAAUAAAAUUUAUAUGUUAUUACACACUUCCUUAUGUACAACGUUAU